CAUUGGCUGGGAAAGCUCUGAGCUGGGAGCCCUGAUUGGCUGAGGGGCCUGAGGCGACAGAUUCCGGAAAGGGGGAGAGCAGCGAACAUGGCGGCGGAGCGCGGCACGGGCCAGCAACAGUCACAGGAGAUGAUGGAGGUUGACAGGCGGGUGGAGUCGGAAGAGUCGGGCGACGAAGAAGGGAAGAAGCAGAGCAGCGGGAUAGUGGCCGACCUCAGCGAGCACAGCCUGAAGGAUGCAGAGGAGCGGGGGCACGAGGACCCGGAAGAAGGACAAGAGCCGCCUGUGGAUAUGGAAACCAUUAACCUGGACCGAGACGCGGAGGAUGUGGAUUUGAAUCACUACCGCAUCGGGAAGAUCGAAGGCUUUGAGGUGCUGCGGAAAGUGAAGACUCUCUGUCUUCGUCAGAAUUUAAUUAAAUGCAUUGAGAACCUGGAGGCGCUGCAGAGCCUUCGCGAGCUGGACCUUUACGACAACCAGAUCCGGAAGAUCGAGAACCUGGAGGCGCUGACGGAGCUGGAGAUUCUUGAUAUUUCCUUCAAUCUGCUGAGAAGCAUCGAAGGGGUCGACAAGUUGACGCGGCUGAAGAAACUCUUCCUGGUGAACAACAAGAUAAAUAAAAUUGAGAACCUAAGCAGCCUACGUCAACUGCAGAUGCUGGAGCUGGGAUCCAACCGCAUCCGGGCAAUUGAAAAUGUCGACACGUUAACUAACCUGGAGAGUCUGUUUUUGGGGAAAAACAAGAUCACAAAACUUCAGAACCUCGACGCACUCACCAACCUGACGGUGCUCAGCAUGCAGAGCAACCGGCUGACCAAGAUCGAGGGCCUGCAGAGCCUGGUGAACCUGCGGGAGCUCUACCUCAGCCACAACGGCAUCGAGGUCAUCGAGGGCCUGGACAGCAACAACAAGCUCACCAUGUUGGACAUUGCGUCGAACAGGAUCAAAAAGAUUGAAAACGUCAGCCAUCUAACCGAGCUGCAGGAAUUCUGGAUGAACGACAACCUCCUGGAGAGCUGGAGUGACCUGGACGAGCUCAAGGGCGCCAAGAGCCUCGAGACGGUGUACCUGGAGCGGAACCCCCUGCAGAAGGACCCCCAGUACCGGCGCAAGAUCCUGCUGGCGCUGCCCACCGUGCGGCAGAUCGACGCCACCUUCGUCCGCUUCUGAGCCUCGCCGCGGCCCCGGCCCCUCCCUCAGAAGAACCUCCUGGCUGCGGUUUUUUAACCCGCCCGUUGCUCCUGAGUCGUCACUGUCGACAGUCACAAACGCAGUGGCAAUAAAAAGGCACCGAGUGAAA